UUGUGACAGACGAGCUGGAGCAGACCUGGACCAGGACUGGUUCAGACCACACUAGAUAGGAAAAGCCUUCUGGCUUCCAGGGUGAGUUUUGCACUCUUGCCAUGGUCGGGGCUUGUUGUUCUGCUGCUACAGGACCAACUUUAAGGAUCGACAUGGAGUCGAGUUAACUCACAUCCCCCCGUGUGAAAACUAGUGAACCCUGGGCUUGUUGCUGCCGGACAGAGUCGGCGCAUGGAGAGCGACGAAAGUUUCGUUUUUGGCGCAGCGUGUUUUCUCUCCGUUUCCCCGCUACUGCGUGUCUGCCAGCAUCGCACAGCUUUAUCCGGGCGACCCAGCAGCUAAAGUAGCCCGAGUUGAGUGUCUGACCCACUUGUGUUUGUGAAGACUCCCCGCCAGAGGACACGCUCCUCUGCAGAGACAUGGUGGACAGCAAGCCCCUGCUCCAGGACAGACCCCCGGCGUACCAUGCCGUCCCGGGGGCGUACGAGUACGGCCCGCAGCAGCACGGCUACGGGGCCAUCCCGGCGGCCCCGCCGCCCUACCAGCACCCCGCCGGCCCAGGAUAUCCAUCAGCCCAAAUGGGCCCUGCUGUUUCCCAGCCCCAGGCCUACAGUGGGACUUAUGCCAUCAUCCAGCCCUCUGUAGUGGUGGUGGGAGGCUGCCCUGCUUGCAGAGUGGGUGUCCUGGAGGACGACUUCACCUGUCUGGGGAUCCUGUGUGCCAUCUUCUUCUUCCCCCUGGGAAUCCUCUUCUGCUUGGCGCUGCGUCAGAGACGGUGCCCCAACUGUGGCGCCACCUUCGGCUAGAGGGACCAAACAGCAGCUCUGUCAUGCGCUUUUACCCCCCACCCGUACACAGCCACAGCCACACACACAUAAUCCUGCGUUUUAUGUACAGCAAAUGUAUAACAAAUGAUCUAGAUAUUACUAUGAAUUAUGAUGCAAAUUUGAAAUCUAUUUUCAUGUAGAAGUUGAGGAUUUGUUUUGAACACGAGUGUCCAGCUGUUGUCAGUGCCUUCACUUCAUGCUGAAUGAUCUUCAGACUUCAUCAGUUGGGAUUUCUUCUGUAAAUUUAGCUCACUCACUCGCUCAAGGAUCCGAGGAGAGCCCUUUAUGCUUUGUGGAGUCAGAGUUAACUGAGGCACUUUUAGUCAUUUUUGCCUGAGGUUUUCUUUUUUUUUUUUUAUAAAUAUUUGCUAGCACAUCUAGCUUUUAGUUAAGAUUGUGUUUGGUAUUAUUGUACUCUGAGAUCACAUAACUGGUUUUUUUUUCUUUUUAAAAAGAGGCAGAACAUUUUUUCUUAUAGAUGUUCUUGUUCUCUUUUUUUUUUUUGGUCUUUUUUUCCCCUAAAAGAUAAUAUUGUGGAAAGGGGGAAAAAAACCCAUCUUGGACAUUAACUGAUUCAGCUGAGAAAGUGGAUUGUUCGACAAAGCGUUUUGUCUUUGUCGAUAUCAUGUUUUUGGGGCCAUAUUUGCACCGACCGUUUGUCUGAUGACUUUUCUGCUGGGUUGUGCUCUUCCAGGGCCACGCAGACCUCAGGUAUAUACAAUCUGAAAUGCCCUCGACUUUAUGACCUCACUGAUGGACUUUGGGAGGACUGUUGUGUUGAAGCACAGCCUCUUUAAUGUGUGGUCUUUCUAACGUCAAGGAAGCAUGCUGGGUCAAAGUUGAAAUCUCUUGAUAAUGUGUAAAAUAUUUCGAUUGUCAUCUUAGUACUCUACUCUGACAAGUCAACUUUCCCGAUUCCUCCCAACCAGACAAUCAACCGAAUGUCUUUGUCCUCAUGUCUGCAGUAGCUCCAUGUCUGUGUCUUCCACCUCAGCAGGAUGUUAUACAUCCGUCUAUGGCAGGAGAAAAGGAUUUAACGGGGUAGGAAGGAUUUAAUAGGAAAAAUAUCUAUAUCUUGCUUUAGAAACCACACUACGCACGCUCUUAUGAUUGAAGUUCUUACUUUUUAUAUAUAUAUAUAUGACUUACUGUAAUUAAAAUUGAUGCCACUUA